AUGGGAAGAAGUGUUCCCCGUGCUCUUAUCGCUAACUGAAGUUUCAUAUUCGGAAUCCUCGGAGGUGUCAAAGCAGCCGAUUGGCUGCUUUGGGAUGCAAAAAAAUACGAUGGAAUGAAAGAACAAAUGGAGAUUGAUUAUUGGAAGAAAUAUGGCCGUCCCACAGAGAUCGAAGGAAAUCUUCAAAAAAGCACUAUUAACGAAGGCGAGUACUACAUCACAUAUCUGAAGGACAAGAACAAGCACAAAUACAUGCAUGAGAUUUAUAAGAUGUAUUAA